ACGAGCGAGUCCGAGCCCCGAGCCAGGCGACAAAGGCCGGACAAAAGAAUGCGCUCUGAAUUUAAAUCAAAUGGCGCUUUUGAUCGAAACGGACGCGACGCGGCGUAUAUCGUUAUCCGUGCUACUGCGAGUGCGUUUUACACAUAACACAUAACACUACUAUAUCUUAUAUAAGAAUGCAAAGUUUUAGUACGAACCUCUUUGCUUCCAUUUUGGUGGCUGUUAACUGGUUUUUUAAAGUGGCGUGAGCAGACUACGGAUAGCAACUUCUUUGUCUGGGUUAUCGUUCCGCCGCCACUAUAUUAUUUUGUAAAUAAAGGAAAAUAAUUGUAAACAUGCCGGCGGAUCAGAUUCAAUACUCUGAGAAGUAUUUUGACGACAAAUUUGAAUACAGGCACGUCAUAUUGCCUCCCGAUCUGGCCAAACAUGUGCCCAAAUCGCAUCUUAUGACUGAAACAGAGUGGCGAAAUCUGGGCGUACAACAGAGUCCAGGUUGGGUGCACUACAUGAUGCACACGCCGGAGCCGCACGUUAUACUGUUCCGACGCAAACGCGUUGAGGAGGAUGCGCCUGCAACACAGCCUACUGCCGGCGCCACCAACAAUGUUAAUGUGUGCGCCUAAAAUGGGAGGGAAUCUUUCCCACUUUGUUACACAGUAUUCUGAAGAUUGAAGAGCUUUCAUCAGUGUUUACGUUGAUAUAAAACCUAAUUAAGCCUUAGUUUGAUGCAUUUGAUACAUUUGUAGAAACUGAUUACGCUAUAACCACUUUGGAAGACAUUUAAAUGAUUUUUUGUUAAUUUAAUUUAGCUA